UUGAUGGAACUAAAUUUAUGAAUGCACAAGAUUUUAUAAUGGACAUCAUGGUUCCUUUAGAAGAUCGUGAGCAAUUCAUGCAAGAAGUCAUUGAUUAUCGCAUGAAAAGUCCAUUGUUGUUCAAUAUGACAGGGCAGACAAUGAUGAAAACUAAUCAUCCAAGGAUUUGGUGGCAAUUUGUUGGUAGUGCAUUUCCUGUGCUUCAAAAUAUUGCUUGUAGAAUCUUGAGUCAGCCUUGUAGUUCCUCUCCUUGUGAGCGUAAUUGGAGUGUUUGGGAUGCAGCACAAACAAAGAAAAGAAAUAGAUUAGCCCCAGAGAUGCUAGAGGAUUUGGUGUACAUUAGGAUGAACUCUAUGAUGAGGGAGAACUAUGAAAGCCAACUACAUAAAGAUUCAAGGCCUAUCGAUUUAGAUAAUCUUGGUGACUUACCUAUAGCAGACUUUGAGCUUGAAAUGGAGAGGCUUAAGCAGACGUACGAGGAACCUGAACCAUCUGACACUGGAGCUGAUGGAGGAUCUACUUCAUGUAGUUUAAUGUCUCCUCAUUGAUCUUUUUUUUUUUUUUUUUUUUUUUUUUUUUUUUUUUUUUUAUCAUUGAUCUUUGGACCUGUUAUAAUGAUACUGAGUUCUUUAGACAUCUUGGAUGAUAUGGAUGGAUAGUUUUUUUUUUUUUUUUUAUAUAUUUUGGACAUGUCUUUUUUAAUAUGAUGUAUUAAGUUUUAAUUUGGAAUUUACAUUGGAUGCUAUAUUUUGGAUGAUA